AUGCAGCGCGGCUGCGCGCUGUGCGCCAAUGUAACAGAGGCGGCCCACAGGAAGCAGUGCACGGCCUGCGUGCUGGGGAAGCUGCCCUGCAGCUACUGCGUCCAAGGGGCCUCCUUGUACGGCACCGGCUCGGCCGACAUCCCCGCCUGCCUGGACUGCGUCUCGCGCCGCGGCCCCGGCGCGCGCGGCGGCUGCAACGCUUGCGCGCAGUCCGGCGCCAACGCGGCGCGCUGCUUCUCGUGCCUGGCCUCCCAGAAGCUGCAAUUCUGCGCCGAUGGCGACCGCCCGCCGCCGUAUGGCAAGGCGCAGGCCUGCUGGCCGCCCACGGAGAAGACGCCCUGCGACAUCUGCGGCAACGCUGCCAAGUCUGACGCUGCGUAUGCCCAGUGCCUGGCAUGCUUUGGCUCGUCUGCGGGGGCAAGGAGCGAGUGCCAGAGUUGCACGUGGCUGGAGGGGAUCGACGCGGCCUCCCAGUCGCGCUGCUUUGCCUGCGUGCCGCGCGCCAACUUCACGGACUCGACGACCACAGGCUGCGCCCCCUGCUUCUACCAGUGGGUGCCGGCGUCAGCCAGGGAAAAGUGCCUGGCCUGCGUAGAGAGCCCCAAGACGUUUGCGGCGGCCAAGGGCACGUGCGCCUACUGUGUGGGCAACACGAAGGGCGUGGCGCAGGCGCAGAAGUGCCUUGCGUGUCUGCAGACGAAGCGGGAUGAGUACUCUUACUCGCUGGUACGCGAGGGCGCGAUCCAGCCAGAUGCGAGCCAGCUCGCCGCCGCCCAGACACUGCGGCUGCUGCAGGCCGCGCUCGCCGCCCGCCUCGCCGCGCCCGCCCCGCCGGGCGAUGCCCAGGCAGAUGGCGCGCAGCCGCCCGCCGCCGCGCCGGCCGUCCAGGGCGCCUACUUGUGGGGUCCUGUGGGCAGCGGCAAGACGAUGCUGAUGGACCUGUUUGCACGCACCCUGCCGCCCGGCGUGGUGGCGCGGCGCCUGCACCUGCACCAGCUGCUGUCCCUGAUCCACGAGAGGAGCCACCAGCUGCAGGAGGCGCUGCCGCGGGUCGUGGUCAAGAGCCGGCUGGGGCUGCCCGUGUACCGCUACGCCCUGCCAGAGGAGGACCCCCUGCGCGUCAUCGCGCGGGAGCUGGCUGCCUCCUGCGGCCUGCUGUGCGUCGAUGAGAUGCACGUGGCUGACAUAGCGGACGCGAUGACCCUGGGGCGGCUGCUGGCGGCGCUGCUGGCAGACGGCUGCUGGGCCGCUUUCACGAGCAACCGCCCCCUGCAUGACCUGUACAAGGGUGGCGUCAACCGGCGCUACCUGAGGGACGGGUUCGUGGCGCUUGGCCAAGCCCACCUGCUGCAGGUGCACGUGGCGGGCGGUAAAGACUACCGCACGGCGGCGGCGGCGCCGGCCCCGCCCGCCGCGGCUGUACCUGCGGCAGAGGCGGCAGGGGUGGCUCCGGCAGGGGCGGCCGAGGCGGGUGAGGAGGGGGCGGCCGGGCGCCGCUGCUUUGUCGGCGCGGGCGCGGACGAGCGGCUGCGGCGGCGGUGGGCGGAUGCGGUGGAGGGCAGCGGGGCCCGCGAGGCCGCCACCGCCGUUGCGUCGCAAUUUGGCAGGGAGCUGUGGGUGCCCAGGGGGCUGGUCUUAGGCAAUGGUGAUGAGCAGCCGAGACGCGUGCAGCCUCAGCUGCAGCCACCCCAUCAGGCUGGUCGAGACCAGCAGCAGCCAUCCCCAGGGCAGCAGCAGCAGCAGCAGCAGCCGCAGGAGCAGCAGCAGCAGCAGCAGCAGGAGCAGGAGCACCACCAACAGCAGCAGCAGCAGCAGCAGCAGCAGCCGCAGCUGGCCGCCGCCUACUUCACCUUCUCCCAGCUCUGCGGCCCCGCCGGCCUGCGGCGCGGCCUUGACCGCGGCGGGCCCCUCUCGGCGGUCGACUUCCUGGCACUGGUGAAGGCCGGCCUGGGGGCGCUCUACCUGGAGGGUGUGCCGCGGCUGGCACCGCCGCUGCGGGACGAGGCGCGGCGGUUGGUGACGCUGGUGGACGUGCUGUAUGACGCAGGCGUGAAGCUGCACAUGUCGUGCGAGGCGCCGCCAGAGGAGCUGUUUCUUCCGCUGCUGGGUGCGGCCCUGGAGCGCGGCGUCAACCCAAACCUUGGCAGGGCCGAGAAGCUGCCCCUUGAGCGCCUCAAGCAGCAGCAGCAGCAGCAGCAGCAGCAGGAGGAGGAGGAGGCUCCGCUCCCACCGCCAACUGGCACGCGGCGCGACGACGCGCCGCAGCAGGAGGCUGCGGCCGGCGCGCCGCGCGGCCGCGACUGGGGCGCGUCAGCGGGCGCCGUGGGGGCGCCCGAUGAGAGCAGGGGUUACGUCCAGGGCGCAUUGGUGGCGGAGGAGGUGCUGAUGUACCACAGGGCGGCGUCACGGCUUGCGGAGAUGACGCGCGAAAGCUGGUGA